CUCUUUCCUUUUGUUUGAUUUUCAUCUACUAUAUCUGUUUUUAAUUUGGAUAUUAGGGUUUUCUUGUCUGCCCUUACCUUUCUUUCGUCCCUCUGGCCAUCUUCCUCGGAAAUUCACUUUCAUUUCAUGUAAUUCGAUUCUCGUAAGAGUGUUUGUUUUUGUGAUGCCUGCCCUCGUGUUUUGAUCACAAAAUUGGUAGAAUAUCUCUGGUCUUUCGUAGAACAAAAGAUUCUUUCUUCUUUAAUAGUAGUAUUUUCGUUGUUGUGUGUGCUAUGAGUAGAGAUUCUAAAGGAAGAGCAUGGUAUGAUAAAAUUAAAAUCUACCGUAAAUCGGACAGUUUGGCUUCUCAGGGUAAGGUUUCUUUAGAAUCAAGUGAUUCUUCAGGAUUGGAUUCUGUAAAGGAUGAACCAGAGAAACUUACAGAGGAACAAAUGGAGGGAGAGCGUUUUAAGGAGAAGUUAUCAGACUCUGUUUUGAUUGAUGAGAAGCUUGAAGAGUACAGUGAUUGUGAUCAGACAGCAACCACUUCCCCUUGCCCCAAAGAUCCAGUAUCUUCUCAAUCUACUCACCGCUCCCCGGAAAGCUUUGUGACUGCAAUAACAUGUGAUGAUGAUACUUUUGUAUCUGUCUCUGGGAUUUCUAGGGGUGUUUCAAAUCUAAUCCCAUUCGCUACAGAGACUCAAGCUUCACCUGUUCAAGACAAAGUGGCAAGCACUAGAUCCUAUGGCAGCAACUCUAUGAAAGUUAAUAAUCAAGAUGAGUUCUUCAUUGAAGACUUCGAUGUUGGUCCAAUGGAUACCAUUGAUUUGUAUGACAUGACAUUUCGAGAAGACCCCUCAGAUUUUGACGACAAUUUGCUAUAUGCAACGCGUGACAGGACUAAGCAACUAAGAUCAUUCAAGAGAAAGAUAAUGGAUGCUAUAACUUCGAAAAGAAGAAGAGAGAAGGAAUAUGAGCAGCUUUCUAUAUGGUUCGGAGACGCAGACAUGGGUUGUGAUCUGGUAAACACUAAGGAACAUGCUACAACAUCUCUAGACUCCAAAAGCUCACAGUCAAAUGUGCCAUUUGUAUCACAAGAUUCUGAGUGGGAGCUUUUGUAAGAUAUAAAUGUCUUCUAUUUUGGUGAGACUCAUGUGAUACCAAUAUUUAGUUUGUAACUAAUAUGGAAAAAUUAAUUUCUUCUU